AUGAGUGGACAAGGCGGUCCAACUGCUAGUUCACCGGCUAAUUCACUCUUGGCCGCGGCCAAAGUGGGUGCCCUGAGUGGCGCCGCAGGAUUGAUAUAUGGAGGAGCAGCGGGUGUUAUUCGAUCACCCAACCCCAUGGUGCACUCGCUGUCCUGCGGUAUCCACUGGUUUGCAUGCGGUUCAACUUAUUGGUGGAUGCGAAGCAAUAUUAUCACGCUUCAUUAUCAAGAUAAUGCGUCUCCGCAGGAGCGAGCAUAUGUCAGCGGCCUCUGCGGCGGUAUCUCCGGCGGAGUGGUGACCAGGGUCAUGGGAGGUCGAUUGGUUCCGGGCCUCGUUAUUUUCUCCCUGCUCGGCUACGGCGGGCAAAGUGCCUUCAACUAUGUUGACAAGUGGCAAAUGGAAAAGGCCCAGAACCCAUCCAAGCCAUUCAUGCAGCGGGUGGCCGACUCUAAAUGGAUUCCAUUCCGACAUCUCUCCGAUGAGGAAUAUCGAAGAAUGUUGAGUGAGAAGUUACUGAGCAUCGAGGCCGAGAUUGCACUUCUCGACGAGAAGAUCGAGGAUUUGGAGAAGACCCGACCGGCUCCCACCUCAACCAGUAUGAACAGCAGCCAGUGA